AUUAGUGUUUUUUUUUUGCUAUAUCUGACGCCUGUCCUCAUUGCAAUUCGUGUAUAUUUUGCAGUUUAUAUGAGAAAUCAUAAAAUUUUUUAGCAAAACUAGACAUAUAAUAGUGAAAAAGAAUCAAUAACACUGCCUAAUAUACAAUACACAAUUCAACAAAAUGGUGAAGCUAACGCCGGAACUCAUCAAUCAAUCAAUGCAGUUUAUAAAUCCCUGCAGGGAGCGGGAAUUGGAUUUGCGCGGCUAUAAAAUACCACAAAUCGAAAAUUUGGGUGCCACACUAGAUCAAUUCGACACAAUAGACCUGUCCGAUAACGAUCUGCGGAAAUUAGAUGGUAUUCCGUAUUUGCCGCGGCUGAAAUGCUUACUUCUCAAUAACAAUCGCAUCCUGCGCAUUGGUGACGGUUUGCAAGAGGCAGUACCGAAUUUGAGUUCAAUUAUUUUGACUGGUAACAAUUUGCAGGACUUGAGUGAUUUGGAGCCACUUGUGUCACUACCUCGUCUUGAAACACUCUGUUUACUUGUAAAUCCAGUUUCAACAAAACCCUAUUACCGCGAAUAUAUGGCUUUUAAGUUUCCCCAGCUGCGUUUGCUCGACUUCAGGAAGAUAAAAAGAAAAGAUCGCACUGAAGCUCAAGAAUAUUUCCGCACAAAACAAGGCAAAGAAAUGUUGAAAGAAGUGGCAAAGAAAUCGAAACUUAAUGCAUCCGCGGCUGCGGCGGAAGCGGGAGGUAAAGUGUCUGCUGGUAAUACAACGCGUAUGGCUAAUCCAGAAGAUCUGCAACGCAUCCGAGAUGCAAUUAAGAGAGCAAAUUCGCUACAAGAAGUUGAGCGGCUUUCACGUAUACUGCAAAGUGGUCAACUACCUGAAAACUUUGAGCUCGAAUUAAGUCAGAAUGGCACGACACAAAAUGGCAAUGUGACUGGUGGUGGUGGAAUGGAAGCUAUGGACUAUUAGUGAAAAUGGUUUCUAGGAUAGUUGGUAUGAAAUAAAAUUUCGAGUGAAAAUUUGUGAAGUUUUUUAAUAAAUACCUAAAUAGUAAAAAAGA